UGAAACAAUGGCACGCUGAUGUUGCCUGCUUCACUCGGGAUGUGUUAUUGUGUAUUGCCCCUGACUGUGACUGUCCUCUCAGCAGCACAAGAGCAGUAAUAUGCGACACUCGUUUGAAGUGAAUUAUUAACGGAAGACAGACGAUUGGGGAAAUAACCGUCAACAUGGGGGAUGAUGGUAUAGACUACAACAUUGUAUUUCCAGAGUCACUGACCUCAGAGAAACACUGGCGCGGAUCAAAGGAGCCAGUCGUUAUUCUGCUAGGCUGGGCGGGCAGUAGAGACAAACAUCUCGCCAAAUACAGUUCUAUUUAUAAUGAACAGGGAUGUGUGACUCUACACUACAUGGCUCCUUUGAAGACAGUUUUUAUUUCAGAAUCACUGGGCUACAAGGAACUAAGAAGCACUGCGCAAAAAUUACUUGAACUUCUGUUUGACUAUGAGGUGGAGAACAACCCAAUUUUCUUCCAUGUGUUCAGCAAUGUGGGCUUCAUGCUUUACCGCUACAUCGUUGAGUUAUUGCAAAGUCAAAAUCAGUUCAGCACUCUAUAUGUGGUGGGCACGGUUGUGGACAGUGCCCCGGGCAGUCAAAAUGUUAUAGGAGAGCUCAGAGCACUCAAAACCACCUUGGGACCCAAAAUCAAUGUGCUACUGCAGUACUUCCUCCUGGCACUGUUUGCUGUGGCCAUUUUCCUUCUCAGGAUUGUUUUGUAUCCUGUGACCAAGUACUUUCACAAGAACCACUAUGAUGCCAUGAUGGAGCACCCGGCACCUUGGCCUCAGAUGUACCUCUAUUCUAGAGCAGACCGGGUGAUCAGGUACAGGGAUGUGGAGAAGAUGGUUAAAGUGUUGCGUGAGAAAGGGCUGACAGUUGAAAGUUUCGAUUUCAUCACCCCAGCCCAUGUGAGUCUAUACAGAGACUGUCCAGAGGACUAUUCCAGCAGGUGCAGGACGUUUGUGACCCGUUGCAUGAGUUCAUCAGAGGAGACCAUGAUGAAAAAACACCUUCAAGUGCAACAUUGAUUAUACAGUUCUUGACCAGCUUGUUAAAAUAUACACUGUAAAUUUAUAUGUGCACCAACCAUCAUAUUUGUGGAAUAAAAGCACUGCUGUUUAAUAAAUUAAAUUGUUCUUAAACCCAACAUGAAAUUUUAACAGGAUUAAAUUUGUAUCCUAACCUCUAUUGUAUUUGUCUUAUGCUGUGAAUUAAACUGUAAUUUAGGGGGUUAUUGAUUUGGUACAUUAUUGAGAUUUUAGACAUUGUGAAUGUGAGUA